GACUGCAUUCUCUGACAGAGCGGGCUAAACAGCGGGCUAGAUUACGUUCGUCUUUGAUACUCUCUCUAUUAUAUUCGCUUUUUUAAACCCGAAAGCAUCAGCAAGUUACUAAAAACUACCAUCAAAGUUACCAGUAUUGUGUAAAGCUCUUGAUUCAAAACGAAUUAUCAAUUAUUCGGUUAAGAAAUCGGAACCAAGGUUAAAUUUCAUCACGAUGGACGCAACAAUGGAAAACAAGAUGGGACUCCCGCCUCCGUAUGAGCCAAGUGCCCCGAACCCCGCGCCACCGCCCUCUUAUUUCGGCGACAACCCGCCGCCGCCGGCAGGGCUGGCGGUACCAGUAGUGCCACCGCGCACCACCGUCAUCACGACGCCCGCUACGCCCGUUGCGCCCGGCGACCGGCCCAUCAAGCUAGGCCCCGGCCCCACCGGUGCUUCCUGCCCGACUUGCCAUAAGUCCAUUGUGACUCGUGUAGACUUCGUACCCAAUACUCGUACUCAUAUAGUAUCUGCGGCGCUAUGUGUCCUAGCCGGAUGUUGCUGCGGUUGCUUCGUGCCGUACUGCAUGCGCUCCUGUAAAUCUGCCAAUCACUACUGUCCCGCAUGCAAAGCCUUCGUCGGAACCUAUCAGCAUUCCUGAACUGCUGCUGCUAAUAGCCAACAAAUAUGAUAUCGAAAUCUUUUAAAUUUAAGGUGUUUACAUCAAAUGUGGAGGCGGGGACGAAACAGAAACUAUAAGAAAGCUAUAUAAAUCAUAAUCAGAAGUAGGAAAAGUAUAUCCAGUAUAUUUACAUAUAAAUAAGGGCAUGGAAACAGCUAAAUAAACGUCAGUUUACUUUGUCUAAUUCUGUAUAUGAGAUGAAUUAUUUUCUUUAAAACCGCUUGGCUGGCUUUAGAGAGAAAGUUAUCUGUUGAUCGCUCGUACGCCGCGCCCCCAAAAUACGACAUAAGUAAGGUUACAUUCGCAUCAAUACUGUAUAGUUGUUAGCUUUGUAGCUGGCCCGCAACGGCUUAUCCUUUGUCUAUUGUUAACUAAAACCGCGCGUGCCACUAUCUGCAAAAAAAGGGUCGUAUAAUUCUAAUUGGCACCUGAGCGCGGGCUAGUCCAACGCUCAAAAAACCAGUGCAGGUGCGCUCUCCGAUAACGCGCCUUUAUUCUGCAUAUCGAGGACACAUUUUGUACUGGUUCGGUAGCGUUCGACUCGCCGGCACUCAGUAACCGUAUAGGGACCACACAAGAAAUCACAAAUAAUUUUUCCAUUUGUUCAUUUUCUUCUUAUUUCAGUUACCAUAUGAGUUCUAAUGAAAUAACCGCUUAAAGUUACCCGGCCCUUUUAUGCAGGUAAGUGGCACGCGCGGUUUUAGUUAACAAUAGACAAAAAAUAAGCCCUUGGGUUGGAGGCCAGCUACAAAACUAACAACUAUACCAGCAGCAAUGCUGCACAGCAACACUGUAGCAGUAAUACUGCUACAGUCGCAAUGCGAAUGUAGCCUUUACUGUUCAUGCAAAAACCAAUGUGAAGUGUUAAUUCUUUAGUCUCAAUUGUAUUACGUAUCUGUGUGUUAUGAACUUAUGAACAGAAGAGAUACAUGUAUUAUGUUUAUGUUAUGACCUAUUAUUUGAAUUAAUGUCUACAUUACCUAUAGGUGUCUAAUGCAUGUAUUGAUCUGAGUUAUUUAUAGUUAAUUACACAAUCUAAUAUUGCAAUGAUUGCAUGUUAAAUGGUAAAAGGUAUAAUAUAAGUAAAUACAAGCUCUCUUAUAUUUGAUAUGAAAACAAAAACUUUUAAUGAAAAUUUGAUAUGAAUUCACGACCAAUAUACUUAUUUAGAUACUAUAAUUAGUUACUUGGUAGGUAAAUUAAUGAUUAUACGGUGUUUUUGACAAGUGCGUGACCGGCAUGUUUUUUAUUCAAUAAUGAAUUGGCAAAAUUAAGCAAAAUCACGUAAGAAAUUUUAUCUUUAAAAAAUAUUAUAAUGGAACCUCGAUAACUCGAACCUUGAUAAGGCGAAAUCCUCGUUAACACGAAAUAAAAUGCCAUUCCCUACCCUUCAAAGCCCAAAACUUCACUUCUUUAUAAUUUUUACCUCUAUCACUCGAAAAAACUAAUUUAACCUCUAUAACUUGAAAAAUUAGGCGUAUGGUAUUACCACCUCUAUAUCUCGAUUUUAUUUACCAACAAACCUCUGUAACUGUAUUUUACGCUUUUGUAUAAUUAUUAAUUACCUAAUAAUAAUACCUUUUUAAUUACAA